AUGGCGGAUGAAAUCACCGAGCUUUUGGACACGGACAAGUUGUAUCUAAAACAAAUACGAUAUUUGGAGGAGCAGCUGGAGAAAUGCCAGACCAAAUGCGAAGAGCUGGAGAACCAAGUCCAGGACCUGCUGUACGAGCAGCGGGUGCUGCGCAAGGACAAGGCGGACGUGACACGCUACCUGAAGCGCUCGCUGGACGCCAAAGACAAGAGAGUGGAGAUGCUGAUGGAGCAGGUGGAGAGCCAGCAGGAGGCGGCGGAGCGUCAAAAAAAAUGUAUGGAGCAGCUGGAGGCCACGGUACAGCAGCUGGAGGCGCGCAUCCAGGAGCUCAACAGUGAAAUCUGCGCGCAAGUGGAGAAGCUGGAGGCUCAGGCCGGGCAGCUGGUGGCUCUGGAGGAGAAGCUGUUGAAGCAGAAGCAGGACCAGGAGGCCUCCGUCCGUCACCUCAAGGAGGAAGCCGAGCGAGACAAGACCAACAUGAUCGCCAAGACCAUGAGGAACAUGGAGGUGGUGUUUGAGGACCAGAUGGGCAAGGUGCUGCAGCAGGAGCGGGAGGAGAACAGCGAGAAGAUGCUUCAGCUGAAAAACAUGCUGGGAGAAAACAUGACCCUGUGGGAGGAGAAGGACGUAAUGCAGAAGAGAGAGCUGGAACUCUACUGCGAGGUCAGCCGACUCCAAGAGGAGCUCGUCAAGAAGCCCAGACGCAAGCUCAUCCGCAGGAAGUGAGCAAUCGUGUCAAAUGAUCUUCUACUGAACUUUCAAAAAGAACUGUUAACCUGCUGGAGCAACAACAAAGUCGAUAGGACCAAGAGGCGUAACGACACGUCAUGUUCACGGUGGCCUCCAGCAAGACAACGUUGUGAAAGAGCUCCGCAUGUUAUCUCACUGCCUUCAAACUCCAAAAGUGUCAUGAAACGACUUGAAAAACUGUCAUGGAAACUCCAUAAGUUCUCAUAAAAACAGCAGAAACUGUCAAGCUACUCAAUUAGCUAGCUGAUAGACAAAGCAACACAAAAUGAAAUACUACAUAACACUAACACACACGCGAUGGCGUGACAUGGUGUCGAAUGAUUGUAGCUUAGAUUACAGUGAGACAAACACAAAGAUUCCGGAAUGUUCCGUAAAUAUUGAGGCAUUUGGGAAGUGGAAUGAUAAGACCACCCAUCAGCUCCUUGCAAGCAAACAGAAAACCUUGCAAGAUGCGAGUAGACGCAUACACGUAUGACAAUACACGACAAAAUUAAAAACUACACAACAGAUGAUACCAAAAAAAUGCCACACUUUAUUUCACUAGAUAACAUUACACUCAAUUACAAUGAAAGAGGAGCUGCGGCUGAAGUUGGCUGUAAACGCACCCACAGUGGCGCAGCCUGCCCACUGAUGCGCUGGCCUGCGCUCAUCUCUAUAUUUACCAAAACUGGCCUAACAUCCAACAAGCCAGCUCUGAAUCUACGUGACAAAAAUCAGUGACACAACGUGA